AUGUCCCUCACUACCACCAGCACCACCUCUGAUGGAGGCACGGGGACAAAAUUUACAUAUGCUACAACCGUCGUGGCGGGUGUUGCCUCCUUUGCAGCAACAUUACUCUCUGUCGUUUCAAUAUGGCUUCAGACCAAAAAUUAUCGAAAGCCUUUGCUCCAGCGUUACGUCGUUCGAAUUCUUCUCAUGGUCCCCAUCUAUUCGAUUGCGUCGUUUACGAGCAUGGUGUCGCUGAACGCUGCUCAAUUUGUUGACCCUAUUCGAGACAUAUACGAAGCAUUUACCAUUUACACCUUCUUCCAACUGCUAAUCAAUUACCUUGGCGGCGAACGAUCUUUGAUUAUCAUGACCCAUGGCCGUGCCCCUGUGCAACAUCUGUGGCCCAUGAACCACGUACUGCGCAAAGUCGACAUUUCCGAUCCGCAUACAUUCUUGUCCAUCAAGCGUGGAAUCCUACAAUACGCAUGGCUCAAGCCUGUUCUGGCCAUUGCAGCCAUUGUCAUGAAAGCAACAGGCACAUAUCAAGAAGGCUAUAUUGGCGCUAAAUCGGGCUACUUUUGGAGCGGCAUCAUCUACAACAUCAGCGUAACAGUGAGCUUGUACUCACUGGGCCUGUUCUGGGUCUGCAUGCACAAGGACUUGACCCCUUUCCGGCCUGUUCCCAAGUUUCUCUGCAUCAAGCUCAUCAUUUUUGCAUCGUACUGGCAAGGCUUUUUCCUAUCCAUCCUGGUGUGGCUCGGUGCCAUUCCCGACGAUGUCCAAGGCUACACCAGAGACAACCUUGCCGCCGCCAUCCAAGACGCCCUCAUUUGCGUUGAGAUGCCCGCCUUUGCCAUUGCUCAUUGGUACGCCUUCUCAUGGCACGAUUUUGCCGACAACAGUAUCCUAUCAGCCCGCAUGCCGCUGAAUCAUGCCCUCAAAGACUCAUUCGGCAUCAAAGAUCUCAUUGAGGAUUCCAAGGAGACAUUCCGUGGGAACAACUACGGCUACCGGGCUUUUGACUCCGGAGACAAGGUCAUGGCUCACGAAGAUUCCAAGUCACGGCUUGCCAGAUUAAACGAGGGUAUGAGGUAUGAGCGCGGAGGCAAAGCCAAAUACUGGCUACCUAAACCUGGCGAGGUUAGUGCGACAUCACCACUGCUGGGCGGGCCAAGCUCGAGUAGAACUGGCGACACACUAUUUGAACAACAGCACGGUACAUUUGAUGAACCAGAAUUGGACGAAGACGAGGAGCGUUUGUAUAAUUCAGCAAGACAACUAGAAUAUGGUGAUUGGAAUUAUCCCGUCAUUACAGCCAGUGAGCCGCUUGCUGAGCGAUACAGGUCGUCAAUGAGCAGCUACAACGGCAGAUCUCCCGCCUGGUCAACCGGGCCAACGCGACCACCACCACAAACCCGAGCCUCGGGUUCAACAUCACCUCGAAAUCCGCCACCACAGCAAACAGCGGAACCCCAGCCGGUAGUGGUUGUUAAAAAGAAGAAGAAGGCCAAGAAGGUAGUCAAACACCCAGAACCAGAUCCAGCAGACUUGGGGCUCGGGAAAGGCCCUCCUGCUGCUUCACCCGCACCACCCACAACCGAAGCAAGCACAAGUGCGCAGAGACCACAAGCAGACGAAGCUAGACAAUGGGGUGACUCAGCUGUAGAUGAGGAAGAACAUGCCACUUCACCUAGAUACCAAGUAGAGGAUAGCGAGGAGUUUCGCAACGUAUGGGACGGGGAUAAGUGA